GCCUAUCUUCUGAGUUUUCCUCCUUUUUGCCUUUGAGACCAGUAAUCGCUCCCGCCAGCUCAAGAUCAGCUCCUCUUCCAGUCUCUUUCUGUCAAUCCUGCCCGUGCCCCCUUCUUUGCAUUCGUAUCCCCUUCCCCAAGUCCGCUCCAAACCAAUCCGGAGACUCGACUCUGCCCCCGGACUUCAGACUAAAUCCGUUCCUCGGCUCGGCAAAGCAUCUGUGCACGUCCCUUCCCACUUGCUCGGCCAAUCGCUGGCCUCGGCCCCACCCCUUUGGGCUUCUCACGCCACCAAUCCGCGCCUUUUGUCCCGCCCCCUACCCGGGAGUCCGCCAAUCCCGCCCUUCGGAAAUCGUGGUCUGGUAUCCAGCUGCUGGAGCGGGUCGCGCUGGAGGGGGGCGGAGGCGGAAGUGGCGGUGCCGGGCCCGGGGAGUAGGAAGAAGCCGGGGCUGUAACCGGAGUGGAGCGGCUGCCAGCCGAGGAGCAGGCGCGGCCGCGGCGCCAUAUUGCGGCUCUCAGCGGCCGCGACCGAGUCAUGGCCGAGACCUACGACUUCCUCUUCAAAUUCCUGGUGAUUGGCAGUGCAGGAACUGGCAAAUCAUGUCUCCUUCAUCAGUUCAUUGAGAAUAAGUUCAAACAGGACUCCAACCACACGAUCGGCGUGGAGUUUGGAUCCCGGGUGGUCAACGUGGGUGGGAAGACUGUGAAGCUACAGAUUUGGGACACGGCUGGCCAGGAGCGGUUUCGGUCGGUGACACGGAGUUAUUACCGAGGGGCGGCUGGAGCCCUGCUGGUGUACGACAUCACCAGCCGGGAGACGUACAACUCACUGGCUGCCUGGCUGACGGAUGCCCGCACCCUGGCCAGCCCCAACAUCGUGGUCAUCCUCUGUGGCAACAAGAAGGACCUGGACCCUGAGCGGGAGGUCACUUUCCUGGAGGCCUCCCGCUUUGCCCAGGAGAAUGAGCUGAUGUUUCUGGAGACCAGCGCUCUCACAGGUGAGAACGUGGAAGAGGCGUUCCUCAAGUGUGCCCGCACCAUCCUCAACAAGAUUGACUCAGGUGAGCUAGACCCCGAGAGGAUGGGAUCCGGCAUUCAGUACGGGGAUGCGUCCCUCCGCCAGCUUCGGCAGCCUCGGAGUGCCCAGGCCGUGGCCCCUCAGCCGUGUGGCUGCUGAGCCUUGCGGAGCCAGCUCACCUGUUCUUCAGGACCAGCCCUGCCCUUCCGGCUGGGGCCCAGGCCCAGGCUCUGAGAGGCCGUGUCCCAACCUGCCCUGGCCCCGGAGAAGCUGCGCCGCCACCUGUCCCCCUUCCUUGGUGGGGCCUGGCUUUGGGGCAAGACUGAGCCACGGGGGAAGGGGGAUCCUGUACCUGCUGCUGCUUCCUCUGUCUUGGCUAACCUCUGUCCCCCUGAACCCCUAACCAUACCCCAAGAGCUCCCAAAGCCUAAGACCAGGGUUAUUUGUCCCUACCUCCCCGCCUGGCCCUGCUGUUGCUAGUACCUGUUAUUUAUUACCUGGAGGCCUGUCCAGCACCCACCCUACCCCCAUAAAGCAUUGUUUACACCUGUG